CCUUCUGGAGACAGAGCUCGAGGGAGGAGACUGGCGGGCAGCUGGGCAGCUGGGCAGCUGUGGACGGAGGCCGGGCACAACACAACCAGACUCUGCGAGAGUUGGUGCCAAGUCCAGCUCCAGAUCGCCUGCCCUGAAGGGGCCUCACACAACCGAGGUCAAGAAGUGUUAAGAAGGAGGUGUUGGGGCCACCACUUUACCCAGCCCGGGAAGGACUUAUCUUACCUCUCAGCUGGACCUUGCCUCAGCUCUGUGAAUCAGUCAGCAGAGGAAGACAGAUCUACAGAGAGCCAAGGGCUACAGGAGCAGUGCUCACACAAGUGGCUCCAGCCAAGGUCCUGCUGGCUUCUCUGUCACCAAGGAGAGGAGCACCAUGCUGGGCCCUCACUUCCCACCCCCAGCCCUUGGGCCCAGCGAAGGGACACCUUCCUCCUGCAGCUUUCAGAUCCCUGAUGGGAGCUAUAGGUGUCUGGCUCUGGAGGCAGAGGAGAGCAGCAGCGAAGAGGGCCUACAGGGAGAGAUGGGGCUCACGGACCCUGAAGAGGACAAGGUGGCCUGCAGAGCCACACAAGAGGUCCCACAGCUGACCAGAAUCCUGGGCACUUGGCCAUCCAGCUGCUCCAGAGAAGCCCAAGGGGGGACCCAGCAUGACGAUAGGUCCAGCCAGGAUUGGGAUGUGGUGACAGCCCGGAGGGUGAUGAUAUCCAGCCCCAGUCCUGGUCCUGAGCUCAGGGUGGCCCAGAAACCAGCCUUGGGCCGGAGCACCAGCCUCACCGAGAAGGACCUGAAGGAGGCCAAGGCUCGGAGCCAGCAGAUCGCAGCCCAGCUGACCACUCCCCCCAGCUCCAGCUCCCGGGGCGUCCAGCUCUUCAACAGGCGCCGCCAGAGGGUGAAUGAAUUCACUUGGGAGAGCCAAGGCCAAAGGAGACCGAAGCCCUGCCAGGAGACCCUCAGGGUGCUCCCUGUGCCCCCCCCCGGCCAUGCUCCAUGGUUCCCCCUGAGUUCACCUUCACCAUCCAAGCCAGGCCUUCCAAGGCACCCCAGCCCCCAGAUCCCCAGCAGAGGGGUCCCUAGCCACAGCAUGGAGGGGUACUCAGAGGAGGCCAGCUUGCUGCGGCACCUGGAGAAGGUGGCCAGUGAGGAGGAAGAGGUGCCACUGGUGGUAUAUUUGAAGGAGAACGCAGCCCUGCUGACAGCCAAUGGGCUUCACCUGUCCCAGAACCGGGAGGCCCAGGAGUCCCCACCAACUCCUCCUCCAGCUGAGGUCCACAGUCCAGCUGCAGAUGUCAACCAGAACCUGUCCUCACCCAGCACCACGAUCACCACACCAGCUUCUAACAGCAACUGCAACCUGCUGGCCACAGACAUCAAUCAGAACCCUCCAGUAACUGUCAUCCCACAGAGCCCUUCGCUUUCUGGGGUCCAGCAGAAUUCUCCUGCUGCACAGAACAUAACAAAUGGCACAACACCUGAGUCCAAAACCAGCGCCCCAUGUGCUGAUGGGCCACCCCAGGCGCCGGUGGAGGAGGUGAUAUCCAGUGUACUCCUAAUUGAUAAGGUAUCUACUCCACCGACUACUACCAGCACCUUCUAUAGAGAAGCUACUCCCAUCCCCAGCUCUGAGCCUCCAGGUCCAGACUUCAUGUCCAGCUCCCUGCUCAUCAACAUCAAGCCCAGCACCCUAGUGAUGUCAGCAGAGCCUGAGAUGUCUGGGCGGGCACCUGCCACCACACCCACCAAGGUGUACAGUGAGGUCCACCUCACACUGGCCAAGCCUCUAUCAGUGGUCAACAGGACGGCCAGGCCCUUUGGGAUCCAGGCACUAGGGGGCACCAGCCAGAUGGAGCAGAGUCCCAUGGUGCAGAGGCGACAUCUUGGGGAGAAAGCCCCGGCUCCCCAGCCCCCCAGCGUGGUAGACAGGAGUCCCCGGCCUCAGAGACAUGUCAUGUCCUACAGCCCCAUGGUGGAGAGGAGGCUGGUGGGGCAGCGAAGCCCGGCCCUGGAGAGACGGCCCUUGGGGAACUUCACCCCUCCUCCCACCUACGCGGAGACCCUGUCCACAGCGCCCCCAGCUUCCCGGGUGCGGUCUCCCCCUUCUUAUUCUGCCCUGUACCCUAGCUCUGACACCAAGCCUUCCCAUCUGAAGGGCCAGGCAGUUCCCACCAGCAAGACGGGCAUUUUAGAGGAGUCCAUGGCCCGCCGGGGCAGCCGGAAAUCCAUGUUCACUUUCGUGGAGAAGCCCAAGGUGACCCCGAACCCAGACCUGCUGGAUCUGGUCCAGACGGCCGACGAGAAGCGGAGGCAGAGGGACCAGGGGGACACGGGUGCAGAGGAGGAGCCCUUUGCGCUUGGGGCUGAGGCUUCCAACUUCCAGCAGGAGCCGGGCUCUCGGGAGAGAGCCAGUCCCGCGGCGGCCGAGGAGGCUGUCCCUGAGUGGGCCUCCUGCCUCAAGUCGCCUCGCAUCCAAGCCAAGCCGAAGCCCAAACCCAACCAGAACCUCUCGGAGGCCUCUGGGAAGGGCGCGGAGCUCUACGCGCGCCGCCAGUCGCGGAUGGAGAAGUACGUCAUCGAGUCUUCGGGGCACGCUGAGCUGGCCCGCUGCCCUUCGCCCACCAUGUCCCUGCCUUCCUCCUGGAAAUACUCCACCAGUGCCCCUGGGGCCUUCCGAGUGGCGUCCCUGAGCCCCGCGCGGACCCCGCCGGCCUCCCUCUACCACGGCUACCUGCCUGAGAACGGCAUCCUGCGCCCAGAGCCCACCAAGCAGCCGCCCUACCAGAUGCGGCCUUCGCUCUUUGUCCUCUCGCCCAUCAAGGAGCCCAGCAAGGCCUCAGCCCGAGCGCCACGAGCGGCCUCAUCCAGAGCGGCCUCGGCCCGAGCUGCCUCCCCACGAGCUGCCUCCCCUGCCAAGCCGAGCUCCCUGGACCUGGUGCCCAGCCUUCCCAAAGCCGGGCUCCCGCUGUCUCCGGCUCUGCGUCGGCCCUGCCGCUCCUCGCCGGGCCUCUGCGCUUCCUCUGGCCAGGACGGCCUGCAGCCCACGGCUGUGAGCCCCACCUACAGCAGUGAUGUCUCCCCCGUGUCUCCCUCCAGGGCGUGGUCUCCCCGAGCCAAGCAGGCCCCCAGGCCCUCGUUCUCCACCCGGAACGCAGGAAUCGAGGCUCAGGACCGCCGGGAGAACCUGCCUACCUCCCCGCCCUGGACGACCGCCGCGUCCCGGCCCCCCAGCAGCCUGGAUGGCUGGGUGAGCCCGGGGCCGUGGGAACCAGGACGCGGGAGCAACAUGAGCAGCCCCCCGCCGCUGCCGCCGCCGCCGCCCAUGUCCCCCUCGUGGAGCGAGCGCUCCGUGUCCCCGCUGCGACCCGAGAUCGAGGUGCGUCCCCCCAGCCGCCAGCUGCAAGCGCUCCUGGCGAGGAACAUCAUCAACGCGGCCCGGCGCAAGAGCGCCUCCCCGCGGCCGGCGGGCGCCGAGAGUCUGCGACCCUUCUCCCCGCCCAAGGUGCCGCCGGUGCCGCCGGUGCCGCCGCCGCCGCCGCCGCGCAUGCGCUCGCCGCAGCCGGUGCGCCCCAGCGCAGGGCCUUCCUGCUUGGCGGCGUUUGCUCGCGUCCAGCGCAGCUCUCUGCAGGCCGCGCCUUCGUCCUGCACCGGUCCCCGGAGCCCACUGCCUGCGCCGCCUAGGCCUCUCCCCUACCGCCGCUCGCCCACGGACUCUGACGUGUCCCUGGACUCCGAGGACUCCGGGGUUAAGUCUCCGGGCAUCCUUGGUUACAACAUCUGUCCCCGCGGGUGGAACGGCAGCCUGAGGCUCAAACGCGACAGCCUCCCCGCUGAGGCUUCGUGCAGCACCUAGAGCCCCAGCUCCACCCCGGGAGGGCAAGCCAGAAACGUCACCAGGCUUCGGGGACCCAGCACCGCCACCCGGAGGGGUCCGGCCUCUAGAUAGCCUCAGACAUAAGGGGCCAAAGGAGGAGGGAGUAGGGGCCCAAGCUGGGGUUGGUUGUGUAACCGAACUGUUUGCUGCGUGGCACGACUCUGUCCCAGUCGGACGCGCAGCUUUCCCAUUUGUUUAACGUGGCCUUGGACAAGACAGUCUGCAAAUGUCUAAAUUUCCCCUUCCAUCAACACACACAUUUGUGCCUUAAAGGAGGCAGUUGUGUGUGCAUACGGACCCUUGGUCGAGCUGUGUUUCAGGUUCCAUGCCCCUUCCUCCUCACUCUGCUCUAGAGUCUGGCAAAUGAGCAGUGUCAGGACUGAAGCCAUGUCCCAAGUCCAGGCCCUGGCUUGACCAUCCUGCUCCCUGGCACCGAGAUUUAGGAGCAGCUGUUUUCCACCCCUUCUCAGAGAAGGUCUAUUUUUACCCAGUGACCUUUAGAGAGAUCCCCCAGGCCAGUUCAAGGUGCCUUGCUGGCUUCUGUGGAGAGAAGAGACAGGACAUUCUCCCCAGGCCAUGUCAUGAUACUUUCUCCACCCCAGCUCAGCCUAUCCAGGGAGGAGCACUGUAAAGCAAUGACUUUCCUCAGGCUUACCUUUGGGCCUCCAGGCCAUCAGUCGCUUCUGGACCCAUUCACGACAGGCUCUGGGUUCAAAGCUGAGGGAAGGAGGAAGAGUUACUGAACUACCUGUGGCCUUGCAUGCUUGGCCUCAGUUGGGGGUCCCUAUUUGGAAGGAGGGAGGCAGAGCUUUCCUUGUUAGAGACAGUGUGCAAGCCAUGGCCAGGAUGCAUAGAAGUAUAGCAGGGAUGGCAUUGGCUCAGAUGACCAGUGAGGGCUCUUCCAUGCUGAAAUGUGUUCCAUGGUAUUAGGAAGUGGGAAAGAGUGGUGGUGGAGGGUCUGGCCUUGAAUUCAGGGCAGAUGACCUUGAGUGGGGAGGUAAGAGGUUAGGCCAGACCCUGCCUGUGUUUCUGGCCAUCUGGGAAGUGUCCCCCUCUUCAGUUUCUGUCCCCAGCCCCAGUGUCCAUAUCACACUCAGAAGAGUGGACACCACCCCAUCCAUCUCUUUCCCAUCACUUGCUGGCCUGACUCAUGCCUGGUACCCAGUGACCUUGGGAAGUCUGGCCACAGCUCCUAGCCUGUUCCUUAUACCUUAGUGGCCAUUUCCGAUCCCCAGGAGAGACCUGGGGAGGCAGAGUUCUGUAAUUUCCAGAGUUGGCUAGUGGUGCCCGCUAGAGAUUCAGGAUGUCAGCUUCAGGAUACUUGGAAUGGGUGAGUGGUGGGUGGCUGGAAUUGGCCAUGGAUCAAAUGUGGGUGGGUGAAAGCAUAUCAGGAUGUUACUAGAGGUGAGCGACAGAGUGUGCUUCGGGUUAGGAGAAGACUUCCCCAGCCAUCAAGGUGACGUUAGACCUGGAACCCCUGAGUGAGGCUAGGGGAAGCUGGGUCAAGAUGAAAGAGAGUCAGGGUUGGGUGGGGGCACUUUGGAACAACCGAGUAAUAUUAGUGGUGUCCUACGGCCUAAGGGCCGGGGACACAGGUCCCGUUCGGGGGAAGGUGAGAAGGUGUUCCUGCUUAGUUAAUAAGGAGCUACCACAUUUACCAAAGUCCUUGCCUGCUGAAGGGUCUCUUGUAGCAUGGGAGACAGGGGUUAGAGUGCCUCAGAGAAGGGACAUGAUCAGGCCUUUGGCUGACUAGCACAGAGGAUCCAUUUCUUCCUGCAUUUCCCAAAAGGGCCAGCAAGAGGCAGCCUUGGGAAAACGCAGCUCUGUCCUGAGCUGUCCUCUCAUGGGAACUUCCUUCUCUCCUGCUCGCUUCUCUGACACACCAGAGCUUGCCUGUGUGCUGCCUCUGCCUCCUGUAGAAUUCAGCUCAAUAAAUGCUUUCUGAAAUC